AACCCUUGUACUAAACGAUGGAAGACCCACAUCACUGAAUCUCCUGAAAAUCCAGACCCGCAGUUUCCUCACUCCACCGUUUCCGACUGGAAGGAGGUGGUCGGAUUCAGGGAAUGAAACAGCUGCGUAUUUCAGGUUCAGAGCAGGAAUGUAUUUAUACCAGCGUUUUACUCACAAAUAUUUGGGGUAUUAGAUUGUUAAUAGCCCAUAAAAAGGACAAGAGUUUCGUUUGUAAUUAAAGUGAAUAAACGGAUUCUUCCUAAUUUAAGACACUGACGUCUAGUCAUACAGCACUGGCUAAGAGUGAAUCAUCUUUAGCCUAGCUACAGGCGGUAGGGAUGCCUUGCAUUAAACAGGAGGCCUAAAACUGUCUUUUAUGCCGUUUGAAUCUCAACCAACAAGUCUCACAAUGGAGGAAAUUCUUCGAAAGCUUCAAAAAGAUGCCUCUGGGAGUAAAUAUAAAGCUAUUCGGGAUGCUUGUACCUUCGCGUGCGAAACACUAGAUGCUCAAAAUGGCUCAGCUAAGACCUCACCAUCAAAGCUCAGGGAGAGAUGCCUCUUCCCUUUGCAGCUGGCCCUGGAGUCCAAAAACCCCAAGCUGGCCCAGACAGCCCUCUCAGGAAUGCAGAAGAUCCUUUGUGAGGAUCGCUUUGUUGCUGCGGAAACAAAGGGGUCAGGGAAGCAACUGCUGAGUCAAGUGCUCGAGGCUGUCAGCGUGACUCCCACUCUGAAUGAAGACUUACAGGUGGAGGUCAUGAAGGUCUUGCUGUGUGUCACCUACUCAUCUGCCUUUGAGGUCAAUGGCAACAACAUUUUGAGCAUUGCUGAGGUGUGUAUCGACACAUACAUAUCGAGUUGUCAUCAGAGAAGCAUCAACACAGCAGUGAGGGCCACACUCAGUCAGAUACUUGGAGAUCUCACCCUCCAACUGCACCAUAGACAUGAGAAUGCAGGUGCAGAUGGAGUGGAGUCUCUGCCCCAGCGCAAAGACAUCUCUCCCACUACUGCAGCCUUGUUUGAGGAUGUGGUGACCGUCCUCACUGUGUUCUGCGAUAAACUGGAGUCUGUUUCAAAUGAGAACCAACUGCUGCAGCUGCUGUAUCUGGAGUGCAUUCUAGCCAUGCUUAACAGCUGUCCUCCCACAAUGCACCUGCACCGUCUCUUCAUGGACCUUGUCUGGAAACAGCUGUGUCCAACGCUGGUGGUGAUCACAGGGAACCCUGUCAAUGACAAAACCAUCACUUCAGCUCAUGGAGGCCCUUGCCCAGAGUCGGAGCCUGCAUGCGGGGCAGGGGUGACCGACCAGGGCAGGGGCUCGGGCUGCUCCUCCAGCGCCCCCGCCAUCAUCGGCCCCGUGGUGCGCACCGUCUGCUACAUCGCUGCCGAGCUGGUCCGCCUGGUGGGCUGUGUGGAGUCCAUGAAGCCCGUGCUGCAGUCGCUCUACCAUCGCAUCCUGCUCUACCCACCACCACAGCACAGGGUAGAGGCUAUCAAGAUCAUGAGGGAGAUCCUUGGAAGCCCACAGCGCUUGUUUGACCUCGCUGGCCCAUGUGUUACUGAGCCUGAAACCAGGAAGAGAUCCUUCUCGAAGAGGAAGUCACAUCUUGACCUCCUCAAAUUGGUGAUGGAUGGGAUGACCGAGGCUUGUGUGAAAGGUGGGAUUGAAGCCUGCUAUUCAUCAGUUUCUUGUGCCUGUGCCUUAUUGGGUGCCCUGGAUGAGCUCAGCCAGGGGCGGGGCCUGCAGACAGACCAGGCCCACCUUUUGCUGCGGCGACUGGACGAGUUGAAAGAGGGGGUAGAGUCAGCACGGGAAUCAGUCGAGCUGAACGAGGCUGACUUCCGCUGGCAGCGGCGCGUGCUAUCCAAUGAAAAUGCCCCGUGGGAGCCAGGCAUCCCUGAGUGCAGCCCUGACAUCAGUAUCAGCGUCACCACCGACACAGGCAAGACCACUCUGGAGGGGGAUCUAGGCCAAACCACUCCAGAGGAGUGUGGGGAAGAGCCACGUCUGCCUUCGCCUUCUUCUAGUAGGGGAGCAGCGGGUACCGCACCAGACCUGCCAGCGUGCACCCGGGAGAGUGCUGGCCAAGAUGCACCCACCUCUGGCAGCACCGCCCCACCUGAUGUGGUGCAGCGCAGCCACGCCCUGGCCUACCCGGACAUCACCAACUUCCUGUCGGUGGAGACUCGCGCACGCUCACAUGGCUCACGCUACAGCGAGAGCAACUUCAGCGUGGACGAGCAGGAGCUGUCACGCACUGAGUUUGACUCAUGUGACCAGUACUCCAUGGCGGCUGAGAAGGACUCGGGCCGCUCGGACGUCUCCGACAUGGGCUCAGACAACUGCUCGCUGGCUGAUGAAGAGCAGACGCCACGUGACUUCCCUGGCCACCGUUCUCUGCGCACAGCCGCACUCUCACUCAAGUUGCUAAAGAACCAGGAGGCGGACCAGCAGAGUGCCCGCCUCUUCGUCAAGUCGCUAGCCGCGCUGUUGCCGCGCCUCCUGGCUAUGUGCAGCCCGACCGAUGUAGACGUGGCCUUCCAGAGCUUCUCCUCCACCUUCUGCUCUGGCUUGCAAGCAGGGGGCAUCCACUCUCCUGGCUUCGAGGGCAGUGAGAAUCUGAGUUGCCAGGCUCUGAUGAACGCUGACGGACUGUAUCUGGUGUCUUACUAUGCCUUGCUCCUCAACCUCAAACUCUGCAUCUGCGACUACUACCACAGGAAGCCCACGCCAGCCCCCAUCACUCUGAAAGAGUUUGUGCGUCAGAUCCAGAGCAGUGGAGUACUGGUGGUGCUCUCUCAGGCCUGGAUUGAGGAAAUGUACCACCAGGUACUGGAGAGGAACAUACUGGGCGAGGCUGACUACUGGGGCUCUCCUGAGAACCACUCCCUCCCUCUCAUCACCAUGCUUACUGAUAUUGAUGGUCUUGGCAGCAGUGCUAUUGGAGGUCAACUGAUCAGAAGGGCCUCAAUGCAAUCACCCUUUAUAAGUGAUAAGAAUGGCAGUGACACCAUGGCAGCAGGUGUUGUCUUUGCCCGCUACAUCCUGACUGGUUGCUGGAAGAACCUGAUCGACACCCUGUCCACGCCCCUCACUGGCCGCAUGGCCGGGAGCUCACGGGGGCUGGCCUUCAUCCUGGGGGCGGAGGGUGUGAAGGUGCAGAACCAGAGGGAGCGUGACACCAUCUGCCUAAGCCUGGACGGCCUGAGAAAGGCAGCUGCGCUCAGCUGCGCUUUGGGCGUGGCUGCCAACUGUGCGUCAGCUGUAGCCCAGAUGGCAGCGGCUUCCUGCGUUCAGGAGGAGAAGGAAGAGAGAGAUUUGCUUGAGGCUGGAGAUGCUAUUACUCAAGUCAAACAGCGAAUGGAGCAGAAGCUGGAGCAGAUGAGCCGUUGUCAGGGAGUAAAGCUGCAUACGGCCCAUGUGCUGUGCAUGGACGCUAUUCUCAACGUGGGACUAGAGAUGGGGAGCCAUAACUACGACUGCUGGCCCCAUGUCUUCAGGGUGAUGGAGUAUGUGAGCUCACUGGAGCACACCCACUUCAGUGAUGGCACCCCACAGCCUCCGGUGGCCAUCACUCAGACACCGCAGCAGGUGUCGGUAGCAGGGCUGGCAGGCGCAGCUGUGGAGUUGGACGCCGAGUGUGGCCCAUCCCUGGAUCUCAGCCUGGGCCACCCGGUCAUCCAGCCGCUCUCCAUACAGGAGCUCCUGCGCGAAGGCAGCCAAGCCAGAGGCUUCGACCUCCGGGGGGGCAGCCUGCUGAUGGGCACUGCCGCCGCCAAGGCCGUGUACGCACUCUCAACGCAGGCAGACAGACUGUAUGAAGAUGCAGUGAGCAAACUUAACCUGGUGGGUCUGGUGGGUUUCCUGCACCAGCUGAGGAAAGCCUCCCAGUCACAGCUUUUUGAUUCAGUCACAGAGACAGGAGAUUACUCCUUAGCCAUGCCAGGGGAGGCGAAAUCGACUCACGACAAGCGUAGUGCCCUCCAUCUCUUCAGGCUGGGAGAGGCCAUGCUUCACGUCGUGCGGAACAGAAGCAGACCUCUACUGCACAUGAUGAGAGCCUGGAGUGUGGUGGCCCCUCACCUGGUAGAGGCCGCCUGUCACAAAGAACGACAUGUGUCACAGAAGGCUGUGUCGUUCAUCCACGAUGUGCUGGUGGAGGUGCUGACCAGCUGGGCAGAGCUAGCGCACUUCCACUUCAACGAGGCACUGUUCCGGCCCUUUGAGCACAUCAUGCAGCUGGAACUGUGUGAUGAGGACGUGCAGGACCAGGUGAUCACCUCCAUUGGGGAGCUGGUGGAACUGUGCUCUCCUCAGAUCCAGUCCGGCUGGAGGCCACUCUUCAGCGCCCUCCGCACCGUGCACGGAAGCAAGAGCGACAUGAAGGACUAUCUGAUUGGAGAAUACUCUAUGGGCAAAUCCCAGGCACCUGUGUUCGACGUCUUUGAAGCCUUCAUUAACACAGACAACAUUCAGGUUUUUGCCAACGCAGCAACUGACUACAUCAUGUGCCUUAUGAAAUUCGUGAAAGGGUUAGGUGAAGUGGAUUAUAAGGAGAUUGGGGAUUGUGUUCACAUGAGUGGAUAUAGCUCUACAGACCUGUGCCUUCCUGCCCUGGACUACCUGAGGAAGUGCUCACACCUACUGGCCAGGAUCUACAAGAUGCCUUCUAAGCCGGUGUUUCUGGGGGCACGGCUGGCCAGCCUGCCAAUGAGAGCCCAGGAACGCUCAGUGAGCAGCGAAGAUGGCUUGGACUGCAUUCUAGCUGAGUUCGACGAUGAUACAGGUCUAAUCCAGGUGUGGAUCCUCCUGUUGGAGCAGCUGACUGCAGCUGUAUCUAACUGCCCCCGUCAGCACCAACCACCCACCCUGGAGCUGCUGUUUGAGCUACUCCGAGAGGUCACCAAAACGCCAGGCCCAGGCUUUGCCAUAUUCUCUGUCAUCCAGCUUCUUCUGCCAGUCAUGUCGCUAUGGCUACAGCGUAGCCAUGGAGACUACUCAUACUGGGAUGUUGCUGCUGCAAACUUCAAGCAUGCCAUCGGCCUGUCCUGUGAACUGGUGGUGGAGCACAUUCAAAGCUUCAUACAUUCAGACAUGGGUUAUGAGAGUCUCAUUAACCUGAUGCUGAAGGACCUCUUCAAGCUGCUGGUGGCGUGUGUGUCUGAGCCUGCAGAGAUCAUCUCUCGCGUGGGCUGCUCCUGCAUCAGGUAUGUGCUGGUGACAGCAGGGCCUGUCUUUUCUGAGGAGAUGUGGAAGCUGGCCUGCUGUGCCCUGCAAGAUGCCUUCUCAGCCACCCUUGAACCAGUGAAGAAUCUGCUUGCCUGUUUCCGGAGUGGCUCAGACACUUUCACGGGCGACGCAUGUGAGGUGAAAGUAGCGGCGCCGACCCACUCUGCUUCCGCGGAGGCCGAGUACUUGAGGAUUCGUGCAAUGGCACAACAGGUCUUUAUGCUGGAUACACAGUGCUCUCCUAAGACACCCAGCAGCAAAGAAGGUUUUGAGCAUGCUCAGUCCUGUGUGCUCAUCAUUGAACUUCCUGCAGACCAGCAAUCCAAUGGUCACACUCAGAAGAGGAAAAUUGGAAUUCCUUUCCGGACAAUAGUGGUGAGUCUGCUGUCCCAUCAAGUGCUCCUACAAAACCUCUAUGACAUCCUGCUGGAAGAGUUUGUGAAGGGCUCAGGAAGCACUGAGGCCCACGAUCGGGUCACACCCGUGUCAGAGCCCAAGUCUGCUGGCUUCCUGCGCUAUAUCUCCAUGCAGAACCUGGCCAUCAUCUUCGACCUGCUGCUGGAAUCGUAUUGCACGGCACGAGACUUUGAUACUCGGCCUGGACUCAAGUACCUCCUUAUGAAGGUGUCGGGGGUGUGCAGCGCUGCUAACCUCUACCGCCAGUCCGCCAUGAGCUUCAACAUCUACUUCCAGGCUCUGCUGUGUGCCAUGCUGGUCAACCAGGACAACAUCACGGUGGACCAGGUGAAGAAGAUCCUCAGCGAAGAGGAGGAGGGCACCUCGGACUCAUCCGAGCAGUGCUCGUCUGAAGAUGAGGACAUCUUCGAGGAGACGGCACAGGUGAGCCCUCCCCGUGGGCGGGAGAAGCGCCAGUGGCGCGUGCGCGUGCCCUCGUUGAGCACACAGCCAGCCAGCAGUGCUGACUGGGCCUGGCUGGUCACUCGGUUGCACAAGCUCUGCGCAGACCUCUGCAACAACUACAUCCAGAUGCACCUGGACCUGGAGAGUGGCAGCGAGGAGCAGCCCACCCUGCGGCCCGACGCCCUCUUCUUCCUUCCCCUUUUCCCAUCUGAGACGUCCACGCCUUCAGUCGGGGGGCCCUCUGGCCAUGGCACGCCCUCUGAGGAUGGGCUUCGCCCUCAUUCAGCUGACGCGCUACCCGAGGAGCGGCGUAGCCCUGGGGCAAUUGCUGGGCCAGGCAUUACCAUGCCGCAGCUCCAGCAGUGGGCUGAGAGGCGUGGCGAGGCCGCCCGAAAGAAGGAAUGGUGGGAGAGUGCCGGCAACAAGCUGUACAGCAUUGCUACAGAUAAAACCAUCACCAAGCUGAUGAUCGAGUACAAGAAGCGUAAGCAGCAGCACAACCACGCUGCAUUCGUGAGGGAGGCAAAGGCUGGUGAGAGGAGAGCAGACACAGCGGACUCGCAGGGGCCCCAGAGGCCCCAGCAGCUGGUGGAGCAGGGGCCCAUGCGCCACUCGUUCAGUGCAGGGCCAGAGCUACUGCGGCAGGACAAGCGGCCCCGCUCGGGCUCUACUGCCAGCUCCCAUAAUGUCUCUCUGAGAGACUCGGAGGCACAAAUACAAGCAUGGACCAAUAUGGUCCUUACCAUCCUGAACCAAAUCCAACUGCUGUCAGACCCCAUCUUCAUCGCCCUCCAGCCGGUCGUAUUCCCGUGCAUCAGUCAGCUGACAUGUCAUGUGACUGACCUCAGAGUGCGGCAGGCAGUGCGUGAGUGGCUGGGACGUGUAGGUCGAGUGUAUGACAUCAUCCUGUGAGGAGAUUGCUGUUUUUUGUUUGUUUGAUGCAUUGUUUAUUUUUGUCGUCGUUGUUGCUGGUAUCAUGAAUUGGCUUUGCCCGUAGUCCCAUUUGAUUGUAAUUUUUUUUUUUUGCCUUGACAUUGUAGCACUCAUUGGGCUAUAAAGGAUUUCUUCUGUAUAAAUUACUUUAUUUAUUGUUGAUCCCUGUAAUCUCUGCAGAACAUAUUUAUGUGAUCGCUGUGCAAAAUGUAAGAUAUUACAACACGGAAUCUAUAAUUUAUUAUUCAGUGUCUUUUGAAAUUACUUUAUUCAUAUUAUUUUAUCUAUCAUUAUGUAUCCAUCAGCUUUAAUAUUUAACGCCCAUGAAUCAAUGGUUACUUCAUGCAAUUUUGUUGACUCGGUAACCAAUGUCUAUGAUAUAAUAAAGUUUUUUUAAUGCUAUGAUAGUUCACUGGUUGUAGAUAUUUAGCCUGAAAUGGAUUUAAAUCCUUCUCUGAUGUCCAAAAAAGCACAUGUAAUGGGUUCAUUCCCAACAUGCAUUCUUACACUGUAUGCUGUAGGUGUGUGCAGUCUUAUCCGAUAAGUCUACAGUGACUGCAGGCAUAUCUGCAGGCUCUUCUGCAGGUUUUCCUUCCAGCCCAGAAGGAGCACACCUGAUGCAAUUAAUGCCGUCUUUGAAGACAGAGACCGACUGAUUAACAAGCGCAAACAAGUGAGUUCCUUCUCGAUUUAGAAUGAAUCCCCGCAGUUGCUUGCACAUAAAUCUGCGCUCUGCUGUUAUUUUUGCUAUUUUUGCCAUCACAAGAAAAUCUCAAACUUUUUGAGGUGAGGAGAAAUUGUUCAGAGUUUCCAUUAGCUUUGGCAGUUGAAAUAGUUGAAAACUCCACAUAUAAGGACUGCAGGACAGACCCUCCUCCUCUUGAUGCUGGCCUCAGGUUCCGUAACCCUUAAUGACUUAAGUCUUAAUAACUUUUAAUAGCUCCUUAGGUUUUUGCUUGAGCCCUUUGGUCAUACAUUUUCAUUACAGUUUCCACAUCUAUGAAUGGAUUAUUACUACUGUAUAUAGCACAGCUGUGUGUUGCGAAUGCUGUUAAAUGGGCAACAGAAGCAAAUGUAUCUCUUCAAAAGUGCUUCAGUUGGCAGUUUUUGUCGCUUUAAUGUCGGUUUCUUAGUUGGUUUCUAACAGUGGCUGUGACUUAAACAUUUACUGUACUGUUUGUGAGCUUAAUGGAGAAAUGUUUGAAACUGCAGGAUAUUUUCAUGCAUCCUGAAGAACGGAUUGUUCAGUAAUCAUUUCUGUAAGCAAUGCAUCAUGUGACCUGUAUGUGUCAAUGGACUUUUUCAAAGACUGUGAUCUAGGAGCACACAUAUCCAAGGAUUUAUUAAUAGGCUUAGCUACUAUGUGUUAAGUAAAAUAUGUAUGUUUUAAUAUAUUUUGUUCACCAUAAAUUACCAAGCAAAAUUACUACAAAAUACUUGUUCUGAUAAUUUUAUGCAGUUAUAACUGACAGAAUCCAGUAACCCUAGAAUAGGCAACCCUCAUAUAUAGUAUUUAAGCACAGGUUUUGUUGGGCUUGUAUUGCACAAAGGAAAACUAUGCUGAAUUCAAAUGUAAAAACCUAUCACAAAUUCCUGUGCAUUAUUUGACAGACAGUUAAAUAUGAUUGUUUCAGUGAAUGAAAAGGACCAAAGACGUCUAUUAAAAUGACUGGGAGUGUGACUCUAUGUGCUUUAUUGAGUUUGUAACUAAGAGUUAAAGUAUGAGCUGUUUUUGUUGUGUGUUUUAAGGCAAAUUUUGUCUUAACAGAAUUGAUGUAUUUUGGUCAGGAGUUUUCCUCUUUUUUAUUAAUAACAAGUCAACAUUUCUAAACCAAGGGGAUAAUAUUUAUUGCUAUCUUAGUAGGAGAUCAGAAGUGAUAUUUGUGCAAAUUCACCCUUUCAUAAAUAUGAUUCAAGUUCAACAACCAUGUCAUUACAGGUGGUCAUUUGGUCAUUUCUUGUGUAUAUUUACCAUUUUCUGUUUCUUUAAGAGACUUUUAUGUAUAGUAAUGGCUCAUAUACACAUGAUCUUGCAUAUUUGUUUUGACUUCUGAGACCCUACCACCUUAAAAAUAAAAGUGUGAUCCACCUCACACGUGUGAACCUGUGAUCCAUCUCACUUCACCUCAAUUGAUGCAAAGCAAACAAAUUAUUCAAAUAAAGUAAUGCCAUAUGAUUUUUUUUCCCCACUGAAUUUACUGUUGACUUCAGUCAGCUCAUGAACUAUCAAUCAGUGACACUCUAGUGCUAUGUAUUUUAAGUUUAAUACAGAACCGCAUAAUCUCUUGAUUAUGAGGCCUUAUGAUUAUAUAAUAAUGGUACAACCUUGUCUGAAUGUUUAAAGACCUGGAGAAAUGUUAUUUAUUUUAACCUUAUUUUCAUAUUUUUUGUGCCACAACAAACUUGCGGUAGACAUACUGUAUGUGCACAUGCUGAAUACCUGUUUGCCAGAUGUUAAUUCAUGUGUUAUAGAAUAAAAACACAAAGUUAGUA